AUGAGAGGAAAGCUUGAGACAAAGUGGAAAGGACCAUACGAAGUAAUUCAGGCAAUGUCCAAAGGACGUUACCAGCUAAAAGCUGAAUCCGGAAAAAUUAUGUCCAAGCUCUAUCAUGGGGCUCUAAUAAAAGCCUACAUGCAACCUGAAAUCACUGAUAUACAAAAAUCUGUUGCUCAUGAUACCAGUGAUGCACAGUAUGCUUCUAAACAUCAAAUCAGUAAUGAAAAGAAAACUUGUAAACCUGGAAUCAAUGCUGAGAGUGCUGCUGACUCAAGUGGCUUGAAAACACAAUAUUUUUGUCAAGGUGAAUGCAAAAGCAGAAAACGAUCACUGAAUGUUGAUGAUUUCCCUGAAUCGGCUAAGAAGAUUGUUAAUGUGCCAGAAAAAAAACGGGUAAAGAUUGCAUCUGAUGGAUGCAAAUGCACCACUAACUGUAGUAAGAAGACCAAAUGCAGCUGCAAACAACAAGGAAUCACGUGUGGUCUGAAAUGUCACCAUGGCAAGAGGUGCUCCAAUGCAGCUAAGACAAAAAUAGAAACACCGAUACUGAUUGCAGACAAAGACGACACCAACAUUGAACAACAAUCUAACCACUGGUGGCUACCACAAUUACAACUUUCUUUUGCUGAUGAAAAAGAACUGAUUCAAGGUCAAUGGUUGACUGACAGACAUAUAACAGCAGCACAGUCAAUUUUAAAAUCACAAUUUCCACAUGUGGAUGGUUUGGUCUCACCAUUGAUAGGCACUACCUCCAUUGGAUUUAACCCAGUUACAAGCAGUGCGAUUCAAAUACACAACAAUGAAAGAAUCCACUGGGUAACAUCUUCAACAAGUGUGGAAUCAAACAGUGUCAACAUAUAUGACAGCCUUUUCAAUGACCACUUGUCAGUCUCUCUCCGUAGACAGCUGGUAGACCUGUACAGACUACUGGCAGACAAUGAAGGCUCAAUCACUGUAAACGUCAAGGCAGUACAGCAGCAACGAUUCGGAGAAGGCAACUGCGGACCAUUUACAAUAGCAUUCGCAACAAGCCUGUGCCACGGCAUUGAUCCAUCCUCUAUUGCAUUUCAAGAACGGUAUCUUCGUAGACAUAUACAUUCUGCAUUUCUAUCCGAAAGGUUUGAUCCAUUUCCUGAAAGUAAAAGCAAUGUAAGAAGGGCUGUGGCUGUCCAGAUAAAAAUAAGUAUCCACUGUAUCUGCCACCAGCAUCUUCCAUUAGAGAAACUAGUCAAAUGUGAGGGCUGUGACACACUGUAUCAUUUAAAGUGUGUUUCAAAAAAUACAGCUGGCAUAAAGAAACAACCACAAUGGUACUGCCAGUCCUGUUCAGAAAGAAUUAGAGAAAAAUCUUGAACAGCUUAGUCAUUUAAUUUAAUUGCUCUGUGUGACUGCGUAGUUAGAUUAAUGAUAAUACUAGUGAGGGUUUGUGUAGUUUGAUACCUGCAAUGAAUGGAUGCACAGCUUU